UAUGUCGUACGUACGUCGUACGUAGGGGAGACUGGGGACAAAAGUAACAGGGUACGGUUGUAACAUCGUGAAUAUUUCUGAAACUAUAAUAUAUAUGUGGUUAUGGUUGCGAGGCGAAAUUCGUUAGACCAAUCGACAUUUGUUCGUUAGUUCCCUGCCGGCCUUCGCGGAACGUGCACGUGUGCAGGAGCAAAUGUUACUUUUUCAUGUCUCAAAAUGCCGCGAACAAGAGUACGCAAGACUCAACGAGGUACAAAAGAAAUGUCGUUAUAUGAGCAAGCUCUUGAAGAGGUUAUGAAGGGCCAAUUAUCCAUUCGUACAGCGGCAAAGAAAUAUGACUUGUGUCAUGUAUCUCUAAUGAGGUAUAAAAGGAAGAAAGAUUCUGCAAAUGAGAAAGGUUACAUAGAAUCCUCUGUUACCAUGGGAUAUAAAAGCUGCAAUAAAAUUUUCACCGCGGACCAGGAAAAACUCAUGGUGGAAUAUAUUAUAAGAGCUGCCGAAAUAUGCUAUGGUUUAUCGUCUAAAGAAAUUCGGCGAUUAGCCUAUGAGCUGGUCAAUAAAUAUAAUUUUAAAAGACCUCAAUGGGACGAAAAUUGUCAAGCCAGCGUGGAUUGGUUCUAUUUUUUUAUGAAGAAACAUCCAGAAUUAUCAAUAAGAUGUGCACAACCGACUAGUCUUUCUAGAGCAACGAGUUUUAAUACUACUAAUGUAAACUUGUUUUUCGACAAUCUGGAGAAAGUAUUGGAUAGGGAUCAUUUCGAAGCUAAAGACAUAUAUAAUGUCGACGAAACUGGUGUGACUACCGUUCAACGACCUGACAGAAUCGUAGCAAAGAAAGAAACGAAACAAGUCGCAGCUCUGACAUCAGCGGAACGUGGAACACUAGUUACAGUGACUAUGGCUGUUAAUGCCAUUGGAAAUUCUAUUCCUCCGAUGUUCAUUUUCCCGCGGCUAAGAUAUCAAGAACAUUUUGUGAGAGAUGGUCCUAUAGGAUGUAUCGGAGCUGCUAAUGCCAAUGGAUGGAUGCAGGAAGAACAGUUCCUCAUAUUUCUAAGACACUUCCAAACAUACGCUAAUGCAUCAAUCAAUCAUAAAGUGUUACUUUUGCUCGAUAAUCACUCUUCCCAUAUUUGUAUACAAGCCUUGGAUUUCUGCAAAGAGAAUGGAAUUGUAAAAACAGCUUUGCCUGUAGCACUUACCCAAAGUAAUAUUCAGGCAGGAUUUAAUUGUACUGGGAUAUUUCCAUUUAACAGGCAUAAAUUUACUGAUAUAGAUUUUGCUCCAUCAUAUGUUACGGAUAGACCAAUGCCUCCAUCAAAUAUUCUCAACUCCAAUGCAAGUUCACAAUCCACAAAUACUGAUACUGAACCUCAAACAUCCAGCAGAAAUGAAAUUGCACUUCAGAUGUCCACAAACAGUGACAAUGAAAGUCAAAGAAUGUCGAUUACAAUUGAUUCUGCUAUUUCAUCUAAUUCUGAAAUAACCAAGACCAAUGUAGAACUCCAACAAGGAUCAGACAAUGUUACUCUUACUGUAUUUUCACCAGAAAAUAUUCGACCUUUUCCCAAAGCUCCUGCUAGAAAAAUAACAAUAAGAGGGAGGAAAAAAAGAAAAUCAGCCAUCUACACAGAUACCAGAGAAAGAAAAUAUACAGAUUGAAUACGAAGAAAAGGAAAAGAAAAAAGUUAAAAAGAAUCUAAGGAACCUAGGAAGUAAACAAAACAAGACUAGUAGUAACGUUAUAAAACAAAAAA